AUGGACUCUGAUUUUUGGACCUCUCGCAUUGCCGUCGCUAAACGCCAGUAUGCGUCGCAGCACCAUCAUCAGAGUUCCCAUCUAGAUCGUUUCAAUAUUGAUGAUUUCGAAGUAGAAGAAGAGGUCAGACCUGAUUUCCCAUGUCCAUACUGUUAUGAAGAUUUUGAUAUCGGGUCUCUGUGUUCGCAUCUUGAAGAUGAGCACUCCUACGAGUCUAAAGCUGCCGUUUGUCCUAUUUGCUCUGUUAAAGUUGCUCGGGACAUGCUAAGUCAUAUUACAUUGCAACAUGGACACUUGUUGCGUAGAGUUGCAAUUCCUAACAGUCAAGCAUUGUCUCUUCUUGGCCGAGAUCUCCGUGAGGCUCAUCUCCAAUUGUUGUUAGGGGGUGGUGGAUAUAGAUCAAAUAACACUAAUGCUAAUGUGUCUAAUGCCGCCACUGAUCCAUUCCUUUCAUCGCUUAUUUUAAAUUUUCCUACAUCCGAAGCAGAAGAAAUUUCAAAAUCUGUGGUAACAAGUGUAGAGGAUUCUCCUGCAAAGAAUGCAGCACCAUCACAUAUGUGGAAAUCAAGUUUUGAUCCUUCUUUGAGUCACGAAGAGAGGGAAAAAGGGCUGAAGCAAGUUGCCGGAAGAGUUGGUUUUGUGCAGGAUAUGCUUCUCUCAACCUUUGUUGGUAUUGGUUUUGAUGUAUUGCUUGCUGGGCGGCAGUCGGUGCAGCUAAACUGGACGGUAGGCGUCAAGGAGUUGUGGUGUUUCUUCAUGGAGCUAAUUUCUUCUUCCAUGUUCUCUCCCAACACCUUGCCUUCCGUUCGCUCAGUUUCCUGGGAUUUGGUGGAUGGUAAAGCGUAG